AUGGUCGCCAAACAAUCCCACCUCGAUCCCUUUUGGGACAACCUGGAUUGGACCCUGGGCCAGCUGUUUAUGAUGGGCUUCGAUGGAACCUCGCUGACCCCGCAGAUCCGCGAGCUGAUAGAGAAGCACCACAUUGGCGCCAUCCUUCUGACUGCGAAGAAUUUAAAAUCCGCCGAGGAAACCACAAAAUUAUGCUACGAGCUGCAGAAGUGCGCUCACGAUGCCGGCCAUCCCGUGCCGUUGCUCAUCGGCCUCGACCAGGAGAAUGGUGGGGUAAACAGCCUCUUCGACGAAAUCUACAUUCGCCAGUACCCUAGUGCCAUGGGAAUCGCUGCUACCGGCUCUACCGACCUGGCAUUUGAGGUUGCAAGGGCAACCGCGCAGGAGGUUGCCGCCUGCGGCAUCAACGUCAUCAUGGGCCCCUGUCUAGAUGUCUUGACCAAUGCCAGAAACCAGCCGUUGGGUGUUCGCACCACGGGAGAUGACCCCCAAGAAGUUUCCGCUUAUGGCGUCGCCUUCGUGAAAGGCUAUAAGGAGGCCGGCGUGGCCACCAUGGGAAAGCACUUCCCGUCAUAUGGAAACCUGGAAUUCCUGGGUUCGGCUCUCGACGUACCCAUCAUCACUGACUCCCUCGAGCAGCUCAGUCUAAGCGCCCUUGUCCCCUUUCGAAAUGCCAUCGCCCAGGGACUUGACGCGAUGAUGGUCGGGGGCUGUGCCAUGUCGUCUGCCGGGCUCAACGUCAUGCACGCCUGCCUGUCAGAUCAGGUGGUCGAUGGGCUCCUUCGGUCAGACCUGAAGUUCGAUGGCGUUGUAAUCUCCGAGUGCCUGGAAAUGGAAGCUCUGAGCCACAAUAUCGGUGUCGGCGGCGGAACCGUCAUGGCUGUCAAUGCAGGCUGUGAUUUGGUUCUUCUGUGCCGUUCCUUCUCUGCACAGCAGGAAGCCAUCAACGGCCUAAAGCUCGGCAUUGAAAAUUCCAUGAUCACUAAAGAGAGAGUUAGAGAUUCCUUGCGCAGAGUUUUGACAAUGAAGGCAAAAUGCAGCAGUUGGGACAAAGCAUUGAAUCCGCCGGGGCUCAAGCUUCUCUCAACGCUACAACCGUCGCAUACAGCUCUUUCGACAAAGGCGUACAACCACUCCAUCACAGUCGUUAGAGACAAGAAUCGCUUCUUGCCCCUGUCCAACAUCCUGGAACCAGAUGAAGAGCUCCUUCUACUUACCCCUCUCGUCAAGCCUCUGCCGGCUUCUGCAGCUUCAGUUGCGUUAUCGGAGUCGGUAUCAGCAGGCUCGCCCGAGCCAGCCGUGUGGGAGCGGAGCGCCUCCGUGAUGAGCGGCGAGCGCGUCUUCCGGGAGCUUGGGAGAUCCCUCGCCCGACAGCGCAACGGACGGGUCUUGCAUACGUCCUACACCGCGAACGGUGUUCGGCCAGUUCACGAAAACCUCAUCAGUCGAGCCAGUGCUGUGAUAAUCCUUACAGCCGAUGCUAAUCGCAACCUGUAUCAGCACGGCUUCACGAAGCACGUUUCCAUGAUCUGCAACAUGCAGUUCACAGCGGGCGGAGAGAGAAGGGAGAAGCCUCUCAUCGUCGUUGCCGUCAGCUCGCCCUACGAUUUUGCUCUAGACUCGACUAUUGGCACCUACGUGUGCACUUACGAUUUCACGGAGACCGCUCUCAACUCUCUGGUCAAUGUUCUCUACGGCGAGCACACGCCGGCAGGAUCCUUGCCAGGCACCAUCAGCCACAGCCAAAAGUUGCAUCAAUCCAAGCAGCACUGGCUGGUGGAGAUUUUCAACGAGGAAAGAGACGCCAAUGCCCUUGACGCGCUCAUCAAAACCGUGACCGAGGGAAUGCCUCCUGGUCAACGGUCAGAGCUGGCAAGCGCGACAUCGAAUUCGUUCCUCUUGCAUCAUCCGGAAGUGGUCGAGUCCCACUUUGUUGUUCGGAACAGCAGCACCCACGCCUUGUAUGGUUUCUGCUCGACGUACUUUUUCAAGGCUACAGGCACGGGUGUCAUUGGCGCACUCUUCGUAGAUCCUUCACGACGAAAGCUCUCAAUUGGCCAUUCGUUGCAUAACCGGGCCAUCCGCACCCUUCUUCAACGCGACGGCAUCAAGCGCUUCCAGCUCGGCUCGCGACUGCCGAGCAUGUUCUUGGGGAUUCCCACGGGGCACGGCGCAGAGCGCAAGCGGCUUCGCUCAUGGUUUGCAAACAUGGGCUGGAACACGGCGCUGUCACGGCCGGUAUGCAGCAUGAUCGCGCGCAAUUUGUCAACGUGGACACCACCCGAGGGGAUGGCCAAGAGCCUGGCAAGUGCGGGCGUCGAGUUUGACUUGGUGUACGGAUGGGAGUACGCUGGUCCCGUGCUCGACCAUAUCAAGACAAGUAAUCGCCAAGGCUUGGCCGAGGUGUACAAGCUCGCACUCACGGAUCCCGCAGCAUGCGGCAUCAUUCGCGCCAAGCGCCCGGAGGACGGGGCGCUGGUGGGGACGGUGGUGCUCUACAACAUGCACUCGAGGCUCUCUGAGUUCGUGCCGGCAAUGAAGGACGUGGGAGAGCUGACGGGCGGCAUUUCGUCGCCAGUGAUUUCGCCGGCGGUGGGCGAAUACUCGACGCUGCUGCAGGGGCUCAUUCUCCUGGGCAUGCGGCAGAUAAAACAGCAGCAGUGCAACGCGUGCAUUCUAGAUUACAUGGACGGGGACGGCAGCUUUGACGGGCUAUCGGCGAUGGGCUUCGACGUGUUGCAUAAUUUUGAGGAAGUCAGCUGCGAUGCGGCCACCUGGACGAUGGUGCCACCGUCGUAG